AUGGCCCAGCUCCAGGAAAACAUCAAUGGCAUCGUUGCUGCUUUCUACACGUGCGCCAGAAGCGACGGUAACUGCAGCCCCCUGAGCAGGGAGGAGCUGAGGCAGCUCGUUGAGCAGGAGUUCGCGGAUGCGAUGGAGAACCCCCAGGACCCCAAAACCAUCAAGAAGGUGCUGUGCUUCCUGGAUGAUGACGGCAACUGCAGGGUUGACUUCAGCGAGUUGCUCAGCCUGGUUUUCCGCGUGGCCAAGGCUUGUUACCAGCCACUCCAGCAGCACCGGGUGCUGGAAGAUGGUCAAGAGCUGACAGCACAAGAGAGGGCAGGUGGGGAGCAGCUGCCGGGGCCACACACAGCAGGGAGGGUCUCCUGCAGUCUGCAGGUCCCCGAGCAGAGUGUGAACAAUCAGGUCCAGGGCACUGAGACACAGGACCCAGAGGGCCAUCAAACCCGGGAGGGUGAAACACAGGAGCAGGACAUGGACACCUCUCAAAUCCAGGAGGGUGAGACACCAGAGCAGGACCAGGAUGCCCAUCAAACCCAGGAGGGUGAGACAAAGGAGCAGGACCAGGACAACCAUCAAACCCAGGAGAGUGAGACUGUAGAUGAGGACCAGGACACCUGUCAGGACGACGGGGCUGAAGCACCAGAAGGGGAUCAGGAAAGAGGUGAGAUCCUGGACACUGCAACCCCAGAGCAGGACAGAAAUACCCACAAAGCUGAAGAGCCUGAGACACCAAAACAGAACCUAAAAACCCACCAGGCCCAAGAAACUGAGGCACCACAACAGGAUUCAAACCACCAUCAGAGCCCAGAGACAGAGUCAGCAGAGCAGGACCUGAAUUUCCCCUCUGAGACACCAGGAAGAGACCCAACCAACAAGACCCAGGUCUGUGAAGCCCGUCACCAGGACCCCAACCCCAGCAAGACUCAGAAGCUGCUGCCCCCCCAGCAGGGUGCAAGCCCUCGUGGGGAUCUCAAGCGCCAGGGAACAUGCCAUGACCCAGCUUGCCAUCAGCUCCCUGAACCCAAGAUCCAGCGAAGUGUUGGUUUGUGUUAUUCGGACACCUGCAUGCUGCCAGGCGGCAAGGUGGACAUGGCAUAG